CAAUUGUCCGACUUUUUUCUUGUGUAAGUGACAACUGCCCAUUUACUUGAUCUGAGACAAGCCCUGGGACCAAAUAAUUUGCACACAAAAAGACCUCUUGACACGAAGUGGUCAGGUUCGGUACAAGUGGCUUGAUAUUUCACCUGAACUACCUGAACUACUAGAACUACUAGAACGGCCCGAGAUCUGAAUUUAGAAAUAGUUCGGAGUAAUAAACCUUUACCUGUCCCCAUAAGCUUCCUCCUGCCUGUCAUCCCAUUCAUUUCCCCCCUCCCAGCUUAAAAGGAGAGACGAUGGUGCGGGCUUAAAUCCUAGGGCUUCCCAAUCAUCCCAUCACAACAUGUCACCUAAGACCCGGGACAACGGGCGGUUACAUCUCCACAGAACACGGCUGACUUGAAUUUCUCCUCAUCAUGCAGUUUCCCGCCUACUCGCGUCAUACACAAGACCUCAACUAAGUGUGAGCUUUAACACACAAUUAUCGAGUCGACGACUCGAACCGGCAUUGUAAAUUCACAUCGCCGUCUCACGCAAUAAAGGAUACCUCGAGCGAACGAGCCCCAUACCCGCGGCCGAUCUAUCCUGGACUCGGUUUAUGGGUUUACAGUCAGCUUUAGAAUUCGAGGCAGUCAUUCUAUAUGCCUAGGUUCCCAGUCGCAUUUCGGCGGAAAUCUACCGCGGCAGAAGACCCAAAUGGACCGGUAGCAGAGCCUUCGUUUCGGGUCCUCGAGCGAUCCGACAUCAAUAGUGGAAAAUCUUUCGAUGGCGGUGCCAGAUUGGCCAAGAUGACGGCGGCUGCGCCUAAAUCCCACAUUAAAGACGUCGCAAUGGAAGACAACCUGUUCGCAGGCUUGAAAACUAACCGUGGAAGUGGUAGUUCCAACACUACUAAGACAGCUUCCGAUAAUUCUUCCCGUCACAGUAACGCUUCUACAGCUCCUUCUUCAACCGACUUUACACCACAGGACGACUACUGGCGUACUAGCAACAGAAAGUCUGUUGCGGUGAUGGAUGGUCCUGUUCCACCGUCGCAUAAGAAUUCAAACAAUUUUCUCAAGCAGGCCGGGAGGACGUUCUCCUUUGGUAAUAAAAGGAAUACGUUACCUACAAUAAUGGCCGAAGAUUCGGUUCCCGCCAUGCCCGUUAUGCCUGACGAGUAUCACUCCACCACAUCCAGCAGGCAUUCACGGGCCGAGACAACAUCGACGUCUAGCACGGCCACACCUCCUAAGGUUGAGGAUCGGGAUUUUAUGCUAGAUUUAGGUGGCGAUCUCAGUAGUAUGCUGAAGUUCGACAAGCGUGCGAGUGUUUCCACCUUGAAAGAACGCAAUUUGAUGUCGAAUCGGGUUAGUCAGCCUUCGCCGCUCCACUUAGAUAAAUCGGCUCCCAUCGAGCCUCCGCAACAUUCGUGGAACAGCCAGCAUUCGACCGAUGGACUAUUAGGUUCUGGCCGAGCCCUGACGUCUCCUGUCAACAACACUCAUGACCUCCCACUCCCGCCUCCGCCUCCGCCCGUUCCGAGGCACGAUGACAACUCCAUGGGGCGUCGGAGAUCAGACGAUGACGAUGAAGAUACGACACUCCUGAAGGAUUCGAUUGCCGCCACCCAGUAUCUUUAUAAUGAGUCGUCGGGGCCUAGUGGCAAUUCCAGCCGGUAUAGGAGGGAUGAAGACAGCCCCAUGAGUUUCAAGUCUGGCCUGACGGAGUCGUAUUCAAAGCACGCCCGAUUCGAUUCCAAGGGUGACGAUGACAACAUGUUCGAUCGGCCUUUGAGCCGCCCUCGGAUUGUCCCCAGGAUUGGAGGUCGUACUAAUAGCCAGCCGAACACCAAGGUCAUGACUCCCGCAGAGUUUGAGAAAUAUAGCCAAGAUAAAGCCCGAGAGGAGAUAAUGGGACUAGCCGAUGAGAAGGGGUCAGACAAGGAGGAGGAAGAUAAUUACGAUGAUGAAGAAGACGAGCGAGAAAAAACAAAACAGCUGGCCAAGCAAAGACGCAAGCAGGAAGCCCACAUGACGGUUUAUCGACAACAAAUGAUGAAAGUAACGGGAGAGAAAUCUACGAACACCCAUGCGUCUCGCCCUAGUAUCGCAGCGUCAUUCAGCACACCGAACCUUGUUUUGAACGAUGGACCCAGCUUAGGAGCCUCUCCCGCCCCUCCUUCAGACGGCUCCGAGGAUGACGAGGAGGUACCCUUGGCUAUUCUUGCCGCACAUGGUUUUCCUAACAAGAACCGACCACCAGCACGUCUCACUACUAUGUCUUCUAACCCUAACAUGCGCGCAUCUGUCGCUCAACCAUCCUAUGUUAGUGGACCAGGAUCAACCACGGGCGAACCCAAUGGUCAGGGGGGGCAUUUGCCGCCUUUCGCUAGGAGGCUACCCCAGGAUCCGUAUCUUGGUGCAGGCCUGAUCAACCACCCUCCAAGAGAAUCAUUCUCUUUGGGAGGAGGAAUCGCUCCCUCAAUGCAGUCCAUUCCAGCUGGUGGUCUAGUUGGCGUGAUUGCCAAUGAAGAGCGGGCAAAGGCAAUGAGGCGCGGUAGCCCUGCUGUUGAUGCCAUACGAAAUGGUAUUCCGAACAUCCAUGCAAAUGGCAUGCCAAUGAAUGGGGGAUUUGAUCCCAUGAAUAACAACCCCCAAAUGAUGUAUCCAAUGGGAAUGCCGCAAAUGCCAGGCCCAAUGCUGAGUCCAGGUGAUCAAGCGCAGAUGCAGAUGACGCAACAGAUGCAGCAGUUUAUGCAGAUGCAGAUGCAAUUCAUGCAAAUGAUGGGCACGCAACAACCAGGACAGGAACAGAUGCAAGGAUCUCUUAGGCCUCAAGGGCAUCUGCCAACACAUUCGAUGGGAUCUCUCGACAUGCCACGAAACUCGUUCAUGGGAGACCUGAUGGUAAAUAAUCUGGGUAACGGAUCACACUUGGACUUGCCGAGGGGCGAUUCACAAAUGCGGACCAUGAGCAUGGUCCAGCCAAGCUCGGCGUCGUGGAUUCAACCUUCAAACGGAGGCUACGCACCCUCGAUACGUGCACAAGGCGCAGGCUACACCCCGUCGAUCGCACCUUCAGAGCGCAGCAACGUUGGGUUGCCUGGACGUUAUCGACCGGUUUCCAGCGCCGCAAUGCUCGACCCCGGAAGAACAUCUACCAUGACCAGUGCGAUACCAUCCAUACGCCCAAAACAUCAAGCACAAAUGAGUGUAUCUUCAGUAAAUAAGGACGACGAUGACGACGACGAACAAGGGUGGGAGGCCAUGAAAGCGAAGAGGGAGAAGAAAAAGAGUACCUGGCGAUCGAAGAAGACAUUUGGGAGUGAUAUUGGAGCACUCAUCAGCUAAAGGAUUUAAUACAUGUGCAUUCCGAGGGUUAUAGCAUCGUCAUUUCGGCUACAUAAAAAUGAAACAUUGGAUUGGAAGGAACCCAAGAUUCCCAUGUCGUUCAGGAUUCCUCACCCAUGCUUUUUCCCCAUGUAUGUUUUUUCACAGCCUAUAAUAUUGGUCACCUAGAGUGUAGGGUAUCUGGAGCGGAAAGCGGGCCGUGUUUUGUUGUAUAUUUCGAAGAAGAAAAAAAACCACAUGGCUGGCUUUUUGAAUGCUAUGUGGUUUGAGACUGGGAAAGGGGGGUAACCUAAGGCGUCAUAAGAAAGAAGACAAGACUCAGCUAUUUAUAUGCUUUUUUUGGACAAGAGUAAGAAGAAAGAUCUAUCUUGCCCUACACCUACCUACCUUACCUUACCACCAACACCCCAAAUUUUUUUUAGAAGGGAAAAAAAAUUUACCAAGAAAACAGAAGAGAAGUCAAAGUGUGGGAAAUGGGGGAACCUUGGGAGGCAAACGUCUGAAUUUCGUGGAGGGACGAUUCAUGAUAGACCGGCCUAUAUACCAGUAAUCUAAUACUUUUACCCACCCA